GCGGGACCAGUGGAGGACUUCAGGGAAAGAGAUGAUGGUCUCUUAUUAUUUCGUGACCGAGUGUGUGUACCAUCGGAUGAGGGGCUCCGAAAGUCCAUCUUAGAGGAGGCUCAUUCAUCGGCGUAUGCCAUGCACCCGGGAGGUACGAAAAUGUACCGUGAUCUGAAAGAAAGUUACUGGUGGUCUGGUAUUAAGAGAGAAAUAGCCGAGUACAUCAGUAAAUGCCUUACUUGCCAGCAAGUUAAGGCAGAACAUCAGCAUCCAGCUGGGUUAUUGCAGCCACUUUCCAUUCCAGAAUGGAAAUGGGAGCACGUGACCAUGGAUUUUGUGGUAGGACUGCCACGGACCGUGAGGAAUUAUGAUGCUGUAUGGGUUGUGGUUGAUAGGCUCACGAAGAGUGCACAUUUCCUACCUAUCAACACUACCUAUGCACUUGAGAGGUUAGCCAAAUUGUAUGUGGAUGAGAUCGUGAGGCUACAUGGGGUUCCUAUAACCAUUGUGUCCGACAGGGAUCCACGAUUCACAUCACGAUUUUGGCCGAAGUUCCAAGAGUCCAUGGGGACAAAACUGAAGUUCAGCACUGCCUUUCACCCACAGACAGAUGGACAAUCUGAGCGGGUUAUACAAAUUUUAGAGGAUAUGUUGAGAGCUUGUGCAUUGGAGUUCCAAGGAAGUUGGGACAACCAUUUAGCACUUGUAGAGUUUGCCUAUAACAACAGUUAUCAGGCGAGUAUUGGCAUGCCUCCAUACGAGGCAUUGUACGGGAGGAGAUGUCGUACACCUUUGUGUUGGGAUGAGGUUGGCAUGGCCAAACUCGAGAGCACGGAAUUGGUGGAGAUCACCAAGUCUAAAGUGAAGAUGAUUCGCGAAAGGCUUAAGGCGGCCCAGGAUAGACAGAAGAGCUAUGCCGACAAGCGCCGGAGGGCCUUAGAGUUUAAGGUGGGAGAUGAGGUAUUCUUGAAAGUUUCACCCUGGAAAGGAAUCAUCCGAUUUCAAAGCCGAGGGAAACUUAACCCACGCUACAUAGGGCCAUUUGUGAUUCUUGAAAGAAUUGGGGCCGUAGCAUACCGAUUGCAGUUGACUCCAGAAUUGGAGAAGAUACAUAAUGUGUUCCACGUGUCUAUGCUAAAGAAAUAUGUGCCGGAUCCGUCUCACGUGUUAGAGAAACCACCCGUGGAAAUACGUGAGGACUUGAACUAUGCCGUUCGACCGGUAAGGAUACUUGAUAGGCAAGUAAAGAAGUUGAGGAGCAAGAGAGUUCCAAUGGUUAAAAUCCUUUGGAAAAGUGACCGAGUUGAGGAAGAAACUUGGGAAACGGAAGCCUUAAUGAAGGAUCAAUAUGCAUUUCUGUUUGAGUAAGCAUUUGUGAAUUUCGGGGACGAAAUUCCCGUUAAGGGGGGGUGAACUUGUGACACCGCGCCCGGAUGUACUUGAAUUUGAAAUUCGACAUGUAAUUGAAUUUUCCUAGCAAAUAAAAUUCAUGUAAUUGAUUGGCAUAUUUAUUUAAUGUGCGAUUAAUUAAAUUAUUUAUCGGGUCCAGUAUAUGUGACUGGGCUACCAAAUAUUUAGUUGGGUCAUCAUAGUAAAUUAUAGAAGCCCAAUAAAGUGCCAACAAAAGUUGAUAAAAAUAUUUGGACAACCCGAGUGCUAUUUUGGCCCAACCUGCCGAAAAUAGCAGGAAUAAUUGGGAGGGACUUUCUAUACCCAAUUGGGGUUUUUCCUACAAGCCUUGUAGACUCAAAAUAAUAAUUUUGAGGCAAGUGAACAUGGGAGGGGCGGACUUAUUUGAUGAUGAGAUUGCACAAGACCAAAUAUCACCCCAUAUGGCCUAUCAACACCUCAACUUGGAGGUUUGAUUGAGAUACAAUACCUCCCCCUUUCCCAUUGCAAUCAUUCGGCCAUAUCAAGAAGGAAGAACCUCUAGGAAGAGCUCUCAAAAAGUCCAAGGAUUGGAGGAAGCAAGAAGGAAGUAUUCCCAACACAAAAGGGCUAGGAUUUGAGGAGUUGAAACCGCCGGAAACCGCCAAGUAUAGGAGGCUGUUCGUAGCUGCAGACCACGAAAGCCGCCCACCUUUCACGAAAGCCGCCCGGCUUUCGUCUGCUGUCCAGAUUUUUCAUCUCCAAUCGGUUUAGAACGGGGAUUGAUCGAAGGGCUUAACGAAGGCAACUAUUGCAGCACAUCAUAAGGUGAGGAUGGCUGACUAUAUUGCUUAUAAUCUUUGGGUUAAUUUCGUAGGAUUACCUAAAGUAAAUAAAUGUGAUUUUCAUGGAUUAUUAAUGAUUAAUAAUGCCUAAAUGAAAAUAUUGUUGUCAAUGAAUAAAGGAG